AUGGGGGCCCCUGUUGCAAUUGCCACGCUUGUGACAUUGCUCUUUGCAGUGCCAGGCCUUGAUUGGUCAAGCCCAGGUGAUCACUUGGAGUGUUUCAGUGGCCAAAUGGAGGUUACAAAAGCCGAAUGGGCAGCUGGCCGAUCAGCCAUGCCAUUUGAUGUGGAGCUCUCUUCAGAGAUGGACCUCUUGACACCAUCGGGGUUUGCAAACGCACUGUUUUAUGCUUGCAAUUUGAAGCCUGGCAGUGGCCACAUGACUGCUCCAGUUUGUUCAACCUUUGUGUUUAUGAGUAGAGGUUCGACGUUGAGAAGCAGGACACGACCUCUUGGCCGAAGCGAUUCCCAGGCGGUGAGAGAUGGCAAUGUGCUAGCAGCACGUGCUUUCAUACUGUGUUUGGUAUGUGCAGCAAAGUUUGUUUGGUGGCUGCUGGAGCAACCAGGCUCCAGUUGCAUGGAAUUGCACCCCUUGUUCCAACACAUGUUGAAGAUGCUGACGAUCCACAAGUUGGGAAUCAACAUGUCGGACUUUGGAGCCCCAACAACCAAGAGAACAUUGCUUUACAGCAGUCACCGCGAGGUGGAAAAUCUGCUCGAGUACAAGGUCGAACCUCAAUUGCAGGAUCGUGAGAUGGUGGUUUCCUACACGAACCACAAAGGGGAACGGCGAAUCCAUGGUGGACGCGAUUUGAAAGGAAGCCAAGCCUACCCAAAGCAGUUUGGUUCUGCUCUUUGCAAAGUUCGAACCCAGUUUCUUAGCAAGCAUCGUCGUGCUGCUAAACAAAAGCUGAGGGAGGCUAGGAAAUCCACCAAACAGUUGGAUGUCAGACCCAGGAUCAACAAAGCUUGGGUCACCGGCGCAGAUCUCCAAUCUGUGUUUGAUUUCCUUUCUGCUCAGCCGUAA